AUGGCUGCACAAAGUGCAGACUUUGGCGACGACGGCUCCCUGUACUUCACCAAGGUGACCACCAGCCACGUGGGCAACUACACCUGCCACGCCGAUGGCUACGCCGCGCUCUCCCAGACGCACACGCUGCACGUCCACGUGCCCCCCGUCAUCCGGGUGUACCCAGAGAGCCAAGCCAGGGAGCCGGGCGUCACCGCCAGCCUGCGCUGCCACGCUGAGGGCAUCCCACGCCCCCUGCUGGCCUGGCUGAAGAACGGCAUGGACAUCACACCCAAGCUGUCCAAGCAGCUCAGCCUGCAAGCUAACGGCAGCGAGGUGCACAUCAGCAACGUGCGCUUCGAAGACACCGGCGCCUACACCUGUGUCGCCAAGAGCGAGGCGGGCGUGGACGAGGACAUCUCAUCGCUGUUUGUGGAGGACUCGGCGCGCAAAACCCUGGCCAACAACUUGUGGCGGGAAGAAGGGCUGGGCAUCGGAAACAUGUUCCACGUGUUCUACGAGGACGGCAUCAAAGUCAUGGAGCCCGUAGCCUGUGAGAUCCAGCGCCAUAUAAAACCCAGCGAGAAGCUCCUGGCCCUGCAGGAGGAGUUGUGUCCUGUCUCAGAAGAUGACAUCAUCCAGCAGUGUGUGUGGUCCUCAGCGGUCAACGUUAAAGACAAGUUUAUUUAUGCCACACAGCCGACCUUGGAUCGAGUGCUCAUUGUGGACAUCCAGUCCCAGAAGGCUAUUCAGACGGUCAGCACCGACCCUUACCCUGUGAAGCUUAAGCUGCACUACGACAAGCCCCGGGACCAGGUGUGGAUCCUCAGCUGGGGGGACCGGCAGAAGAACUACCCCACCCUGCAGGUGAUCAGUCAGGCCAGUGGGAAAGUCUCCCAUCACGCCGUCCACACGCAGCCGGUGGAGCGACGCGUGGACCGAGUGGACGACUUCUUCAUCCCCCCGUCCGGCCUCAUCGCCAUCCACGUCAGAUUCGGUCUCAUCUUUCACCGAAAUGAGCCUGUCCUCCACAAGAUGGACUUGGAGGCGCUGGCCUACGUGCGUAACAUCAGCCUGCGGGAUUUCAACUGCGUGCCGAAGUCCGCGGCCUACACCCACCUGGGCGGGUACUACUUUGUCGACUGCCAGCCCGACUCCACCGGCGCCGCUCGGCCUCAGAUCAUCGUGGACGGGGUGACGGACGCCGUGGUGCCCUACGUGUCCCCGGACGGCCGCUACCUGGUCACCGUGGACGACGGCAACGGGCUGAUGAGGAUCCAGACCGUCUCGGAGCGAAGGGGCAUCGGGGCGCCGUACGACAUCCACACCAACCUUCACAUCUCCGACCUGGCCUUCCAGCGCUCCUUCACCGAGGCGCAGCGGUACAACGUGUUCGGGAGCUCCGGCCGACAGACCGACGUUCUUUGCGCUGCUGAGCUCAGCAGCGGCAAAGUGAAGAUGAUCAAGAGCUUGAAGGAUCCCAUCAAGGCGUACGAGUGGCCGUGGAGCAGCAAGAACCGGGUGGUACUCGGCGGCGGCGUCUUCGGCCAGUACCUCAUGACCCCGUCCAGGGAGUCCCUCUUCAUCCUGGACGGGCGGCUCAACAAGCUCAACUGUGAGAUCACCGGCGUCGCCAAGGGCAACGUGCUGGCCUGGGUGGGAGAGUCUUAGAUCCCCAACCAGUUUUUCUUUCCCCAGAGAACGUACCGUUGCACUGAAUUU